AUGCGUUCGGUCUGCUCUGGCAGAGCUGCAACCGAGACCAACAACACGGUCAGCACCAGCAUACGGAGAUCUGUCAUCGGGAUUGUCAUGAUCGACUACUCCUUGGUUGCCUACGAACGCCAAUCCCCACAAUCUCUCUCUGUAUAUACAUGUGCAAUGCAACGCGAGGCGAGGCGAGCCGAGGCAAGGCGAUGCAAUGCAGCCCGUACCCACGGGAUUACCGGAUACGCAUUUGCAACCACCGGGCCUGGUUCCUGUUCGGGUGUGCUUGCCUGUCAUUGA